GGCGGGUGGGCGGGACUUCCGGUAUCUUCCCCGCGCGUUUGGUCGCUUUUUGCUAGCAUCUGCUCAAGCCGGGGGGUUUGAUUGCUUGUUCAGGCCGGAGGUGGAAUGGUCGUCGCCGUUUCACAGACUAGUCGGAGGCUCGGGGUUGGCGACGUCCACCCACCGUGGCCCCGCGGCUGGGGCAAGACUUGUUUGCUUCCCCGACCUAGACCCAGGCCGCUCCGGGCUCCGCUUCGUCCACCGAUUCGGAUGGCGGCGGCCGCGCCCAGGGACUCGGCUGAGAAUUUGGUGGUUUCACUUUUUCUCCCUGGAAGUGUACAGUACUCCCUUGGGUCUUCAGUAUUAAAGGACAUGAACUUCUUCGACAUGGAACCUGGUAGGCAAUCUGGAUUCAUUUCCACCUCAUGGGUGCAUGAGAGCUCUGUUUUGUGGUGAUGAGGUUCAUUUACAUAUAACAUCACGGAGAUAGUCCCAAAUUAGGAGCCGUGAGGCGCACCUGGGUGGCUCAGUGGGGCUCCAGGAAGGACUGAACUCAUGGCUCUGUGCUCACCUUCCUCCAGAUGGGAUUCGUCUUCCUUCAUUCCGUCCACGGAAUUGAGUCUGUGGGCCCUGAAGACAUGAACUCAAUCCAAACAAGCAGUUACGUGGAGAGAUUCCCCAACAGGACCCAGAGACAGAAACCCAUUGUAGGCAGGUCGAGGCGCUUGGAGGUGAGGCUGAGCUCUGUUCAACACACCACAGGUCUCAUUCCUUUCGGGUGGAGACAGCAGAGGGCCAGGAUCGAAGCCAAAAGGGUCUGUGUGAUCUCUGAGGAUGUUUUUGUGUCCUUCUCCCGGGAAGAAUGGAUGCUCCUUGAUGAUUCUCAGAGACUUUUAUAUCAGGAUGUGAUGCUGGAGAACUUUGCACUUUUAGCCUCACUGGGAAUUACAUCCUCCAGAUCGCACUUAGUCACCCCACUGGAGCAGAGGGCAGAUCCUCGGAUAGCUGACCAGGUGGAUAUGGCUCCAGCCACAGAAAGGAAGACUUGGAAGGGACCUGGACCUGGUGGUUGGUCUGCGGUGGAGGAUGAGGCCACGUCCCCUGAGCAGAGUGUUUCUUUAGAAGGAGUGUCACCGGUCAGGACUCCGGUGGCAGGUCUGAAGCUCUAUCCCUGGGAUGGAUCUGGCUCAAUAUUGAAAGAAAUCUUACACCUGACUGAAUACCAGGGGGAGGAAGCCAGGCUGGAACCACACAGUGGUGGGGGCUGUUGGAAGCCUCCUGGGCUCAGGGCAAACGUCCAUCAGCACCACACUGCAGAGAAACCCUUCAGAAGAGACGAGGACAGCGGCUCUGCAAAAAUCUGCGGAUUCCAUGUGCCAGAGAAGACCUGUACACACAGUGAGGGUAGAAGGGACUUUCCAGCCACCUCAGACCUUCUUCAGCACCAGGUCUCCCAUAUUAGGACGAGGCCCCACAAGAGGACGAGGCCUGGGGGAGCCCUUCACCCUGGACAGCAGCAUCACAGGUGCUUCGAAUGUGGGAAAUUGUUCACCCGCAAAGACACACUUACUCGGCACCAGAGAAUCCAUACUGGAGAAAGACCUUAUGAGUGCAGCAAAUGUGGGAAAUUAUUUAGCCAAAGCUGUGACCUUUUUAAACACGAGACCAUACACACUGGAGAAAGACCUUAUGAGUGCAGUGAAUGUGGGAAAUUCUUUAGACAGGUCUCUGGCCUGAUUGAACACAGGCGAGUUCACACUGGUAAAAGACUCGACCAGUGCAGAAAUUGUGGAAAAUUCUUUAGUAGUAAGUCCAACCUCAUUAGACACCAAGAAGUGCACACAGGGGCAAGGCCUUAUGUAUGCAGUACAUGUGGGAAAGAAUUCAGCCGCAAACACACACUUGUUUUGCACCAGAGGACUCACACUGGAGAAAGGCCUUAUGAGUGCAGUGAAUGUGGGAAGGCCUUUAGCCAAAGUUCCCACCUUAAUGUACACUGGAGAAUUCACAGCAGUGAUUAUGAGUGUAGCCGAUGUGGGAAAGCAUUUAGCUGCAUCUCUAAACUCAUUCAGCACCAGAAGGUUCACUCUGGAGAGAAUCCUUAUGAGUGCAGCAGAUGUGGAAAAGCCUUUACCCAAAGGCCAAAUCUCAUUCGGCACUGGAAAGUUCAUACUGGAGAACGGCCCUACGUGUGCAGCAAAUGCGGGAAAGAGUUUAUCCGCAAACACACACUUGUUCUCCAUCAGAAAAUUCAUACUGGAGAAAAGCCUUAAUACCACAGCAGUUGCGGGAAAUCCUUUAGCCAUUACCCCAACUUAUUAUCCAUUUGCAAAUUCCUGGCAGCAGACCUAGGACAGCCUUUACUACGGACCAAACUUUAUCCAGCCCUGGAAAAUCCACACCAGACAAAGGCCUCAGCGGUACAGGGAAUGUGCCAUCUCCUUGUUCAGUGUAGCAGCUCUCGUCAGAGAGGAGCUGCGAGAGUAGGCUUUGUGAGGGUGCCGUCAUUCAGAAGUGGUACCUCACAUGUAUGAACCUCUGCGCGGGGGAGGCUCCUUGUAAGUGCCUGAUACAUCAGUGAUAUCAGGACCUGUAUGUGCAUUGUAAAUUGUCAAGGCCCUUUGUCAGUGCUAAAAGCCAUCCCACUACUACCAUCUGCCCAAGUCCUGCGGUGCGUGUCGGUCACUCCAGCAUGCUUAGGCAGGCGGACCUGUGCUGUCUCCGUAGUCCCUAGAAGGAGUCAUGAUCAACCUCCAUGGUACAUGGGGGGGGGCUCAUUUCCUUACUUUUGUCUGGGUUAGGCAUGGAAAAAAUCAGCACACAAGAUGGGUUUUCCAGGUAGCUUGCAAAGAUUUAUCCUCAUGGACUUUCUCAUCUCGUGUGAUGCUCACUGUGGAUGUGUGCAGUCUCACGGCCUUCAGCCCUGGAAGCACAUACCUCACAUCACUCAUGUGUGAGUGCAAUAAUAAAGGGCUUAUUCUUGA